AUGAUUGCUGAUGGUGUAAUCAAGCCUCUCAGAUCCUACAAAAUUCCUACCCGAGAGGGGAAGAAUGAUCCUAGGGGAAAAGAGGUAGCUGGUGUCAUUACAUGUUUCGAUGAUUUGCUUGAUGAUGAUGGAUUGUGUCACCCACGGAGGAACAACCCAAAGCCGUUGGAAGCUAUGUGGGAACCUUGGGAAAACAUGGAGAAGACAUAUUGGUGUAAAUAUUUGAAGCCUGCAAGCUACAACAUGCCAUGCCCGCUCGCUGAUGGAUGGGGUGACGACUCAAGCAAUGAAGUUUUCGUCCUGGACAUGCCGGGAGAAUGCUACUCGGGGGCUUCAUUGGGACAACAUGAAACAGCUGCUGUAACAUUUCAUAACCUUACAGAGGCUGAAACAGGUGUGAUGAAACGAUAUGUAAGUCUGAAACAGGGGCCCACAGCUUCGCAGGUCCUCCAAAGAAACCUGAAAUUCAAGUCACUCUUUGACCAACUUGGCUUUGGGCCUCAAGCUAGAAAGGUAGCUGCUGUAGCUCUCAUGAACAUCUAUGCAUAA